CUCCCUCUUUCAUGCUUCCUCCUUCACUCCCUCUCCCUCUCUGUUCGUGUCACUCUGUAGUGGAGAUGUGGAGUGUCUUUCUGUGGCUCCCUCUGUUUUUCCAGUCUAACUCAGCAGAGGAAGUGAUGCUGCUGAACACAAUGGAGUCGACCUCAGAGCUGGGCUGGACCACCUAUCCUGACACAGGGUGGGACGAGGUGAGCGUUCUGGACGACCGGGGAAAGCUCAUGCGAGCCUUCGAGGUCUGUAAUGUCAAUCAAAACACACGUCUCCAAGACAACUGGUUGGCUACACCCUUCCUGUACCGGCAUUCUGCUCCACGAGUGUUUGUCACGUUGCGUUUCUCAAUGCGUGACUGUGCCAGCCUGCGAUCGCCAUCACCCACCUGCAGAGAGACACUCACCCUGUACUAUAAACAGGCCGAUUCUCAGCAGGAACUGCAGAGGACCUGGGCCGCUGAGCCAUCCAGCUCAGAGAAGGAGACCAGGGAGGGAUGGGUGAAGAUCGACACCAUAGCAGCAGAUAAGAGUUUCUCCAAGGUGGAGCCCAGCUCACCGCACCAGUACCAACCCAACAGAUACAGCCGGAUCAACAUUAAGACACGGAGCUUUGCCCCGCUGAAACGCAGCGGAUUUGUCCUCGCCAUUGUUGACAGUGGAGCUUGUGUUUCCCUGAUGGGUGUGUCUAUCUUCUACCGGCGCUGUGCUGCUACCAACCUCUACUUGGCAUCCUACCCAGCGACUCCCUCGGGGGCAGAACCAACCGCAUUAGUGCCUGUGAGUGGGACGUGCGUCCCCCACAGUAAGCCACAAGGAGUCGCAGCCCCUCGCAUGCACUGCAAUACUGAAGGAGAGUGGAUGGUGCCUGUUGGAGGGUGCGUCUGUGACGAAGGCUAUGAACCAAAUAUUAAUAGAUCUGCCUGUUUGGCUUGUCCAGUGGGUUACUUCAAGUCGGUUUCAGGUUCUGUCCCUUGUACAGUUUGUCCAUCCAACAGCAGAACCAGCCAGGAAGGUUCCCGUGUGUGUGAAUGUCGCAGCAGCUUUUACCGAGCAGCCAACGAUGCCAACUCAUCUGCAUGCACAACUCCCCCAUCGGCCCCAGUCUCUCUGACAUGGGAGUACGAGAGCGGAGAUGGAGGCGUGUCCUUAAGGUGGCGCCCCCCAGUGGACUUGGGGGGCAGAAGUGAAGUAUGGUACGGGGUGGUGUGUCGCAUCUGCCCCUCAGCCACCUUCAGUAACCCAGCGUCAUGCUCCUGGUGUGGGGAAGGCGUCGCUUUCAGCCCGGCCCAAACCAGCCUAAAACAAACCAGAGUCACACUCAACAACCUGCUGACCAGAGUCACUUAUCUCAUACAGGUGCAAGCCAUGAAUGAGGUGUCAGCUCUGAGUCCUUUCCCGCCUCAAUACGCAAGCAUCAAUUUCACAACAAGCCAGUCAGUUCCCAGUACAGUUCCCAUGAUGCACCAGCUGAGCCGUUCCCCAGACUCCAUCACUCUCUCAUGGCCUCAACCUGACAGGCCCAACGGCGACAUUCUGGAAUACCAGCUGAGAUACUAUGAUAAGGGUUCAGACAUGGACACUGCCGUGACAGUGUACAGUGAGACCAACACAGUGACCGUCGACACGCUGAUCCCUGGAUCCAUCUACGCAUUCCAGAUCAGAGCUCGAAAUGAGCGAGGCUACGGCCCAUAUAGCAACACCAUCUAUUUCACCACGCUGCAUCUGGAAGAGCAUUCGCAGCAGAUCCAGCACCAGCUGCCUCUCCUGGUUGGGUCUGUCAUGGGCGGUGCAGCUUUUCUCCUGGUCAUAGCAGCGAUUGUGGUUGUGGUGGUAUUUCGCAGUAAGAGGAGGGAGAGUCCAUACAGCGACAGGCUGCAGAGGUACAUCAGUAACCGAGGUGAGAGCGGAGUCAAGUAUUAUGUAGAUCCAUCCACGUACGAAGACCCCAGUGAGGCGGUCAAAGAGUUUGCCCGUGAGAUAGAUCCCACUCACCUAAAGAUUGAGGAAGUCAUUGGUGCAGCUCAGUUUGGGGAGGUUUCUCGUGGCUGUUACCGCCCGCUGGGUCGACGGGAGGUGCUGGUAGCUGUGAAGACACUACGCUGGGGAGCAUCUGACAGAGAGAGGGGGAUGUUCCUCAGUGAAGCAGGCGUUCUGGGCCAGUUCGACCAUCCCAAUGUCCUGAAGCUAGAGGGCGUGAUCACUCGCAGCCUCCCUGAGAGGAUCAUCACUGAGUUCAUGGAGAAUGGGCCUCUGGAUGCCUUCCUCAGGGAAAAUGAAGGCCAGUUUAGUGUUCUCCAACUAGUCGGAAUGCUCAGGGGAGUCGGUGCAGGGAUGUGUUACCUCUCAGAGAGAAACUUUGUCCACCGGGAUCUGGCCGCCAGGAAUGUGCUGGUCAACUCCAACCUGGUCUGUAAAGUGUCUGACUUUGGUCUUUCACGACUUAUGAGGGGCCUGGACCACAACAUACCGACGUACACCGCCUCACUGGGAAGUAAGAUUCCUGUCAGAUGGACAGCGCCGGAGGCCUUUCAGCAUCGCAAGUUCAGCUCAGCUAGUGAUGUGUGGAGCUUCGGCAUACUGAUGUGGGAAGUAAUGUCAUACGGAGAGCGCCCAUAUUGGGACAUGAGCAAUAAGGAAGUGAUGAAAGCAGUAGCAGAGCAGUAUCGUCUCCCAGCUCCACAAAACUGCCCCCCAGCCCUGCAUGCUCUGAUGCUUCAAUGCUGGCAGGCUGACCGAGUGGAUCGUCUAGGGUUCGAGUCACUCUUGUCCUCCUUGGAUCGACUAAUCAGGCAUCCUGCCUCCCUCAAAUCAGAGCCAACCCAAAGCUGCUCCCAGCCGCUGCUCAGCCCCACCCCCACAGAUUUAUCGUUGGUGGCGACAGUCAGCGAUUGGCUGAAGGCACUGAGGAUGGAGAGAUAUCAGGAUGACUUUGAACGGGCACACCUGGACACAUUAGAUCGGGUCAGCAGGCUCACAUUAGACGAUGUCCAGAGUCUUGGGGUGAACUUGAUCGGGCACCAGAGGAAAAUCGUGAGUGCAGCCCAGAAGCUCAGAGCCUAUCUGAUGCAGGGCCAGGUGGAGGUGUGAAAACCACAAACAUCUAGUGCCACUGAUUUCUAUGGUUCUACUAGUAGUGUCUGAAGCACAUUUUAUGCCAAAACAAAACAAGAAGGUGCUUUUGUUUAAGGACAAAAGUCCAACACUAAACUCAGAAGGAGUGAAAAGGGUGAACUUUUCCCACCGGCGACAGAAGAGAGAGAGACACUGUGAGAGCUGCUGCCCAGGUCGAAGAGAGGUUCAUGACUUCCAGAAGAGGUGGAGGAAAAUUUCCUCCAUGUUUUUCCACUUCAUUCCACUGUACUUCUACUUUCCUACAACCACUCCGACCUCUCAAUCUCUUUUUUCUAAAUCCUCAUUUUGUGUCCCUCACUAAAAUGUUAUUUAUGCACCCUCAGUGACAACUGUGAAGAAAUUUUUUUGUAUAGUAACUGAGGAGGUGUCUCCUCACAAAGAAUUGCGUGAAGACAAUCAAAGCCUUUUUUGGUACUUGUUUCUUCCUCUCUGCUCCAACUGCCAUAUACUGAAAACUUUUGUAAAAAAAAAAAAAAAGUUUCUUUCUUAGAUUCCUGGUGGCUUGCUUCAGAAAGUUUUACCAUUUAUUUUUUCUAGAAAAACUGAACACUGUUCCAUCAAAAUAUCAUCAACGCAGAGGCCAAAAUUACAGUAAUGCCACAGUCAGGGCUACUAGACAACAGUCAGGGCUACUAGACAACAGUAAGCGUGGCUCGACAACAGUCAGGGGUACUAGACAACAGUCAGGGCUACUAGACAACAGUCAGUGCGACUCAACAGUCAGGGCGACUAGACAACAGUAAGCACAGCUCGACAACAGUCAGGGGUAUUCGACAACAGUCAGUGGUAUUCGACAACAGUCAGUGUGACUCGACAACAGUCAGUGCGACUCGACAACAGUCAGUGCUACUAGACAACAGUCAGUGCUACUAGACAACAGUCAGUGUGACUCGACAACAGUCAGUGUGACUCGACAACAGUCAGGGGUAUUCAACAACAGUCAGUACUACUAGACAACCGUCAGGGCUACUAGACAACAGUCAGGGGUAUUCGACAACAGUCAGGGCUACUAGACAACAGUCAGGGGUAUUCGACAACAGUCAGUGUUACUAGACAACAGUCAGGGGUAUUCGACAACAGUCAGGGGUAUUCGACAACAGUCAGGGGUAUUCGACAACAGUCAGUGUUACUAGACAACAGUCAGUGUUACUAGACAACAGUCAGGGCUACUUGAGAACAGUCAGCACUACUAGACAACAGUCAGCACUACUAGACAACAGUCAGCACUACUAGACAACAGUUAGUACUACUUGAGAACAGUCAGUGUUACUAGACAACAGUCCGUGCUACUAGAGAACAGUCAGGGCUACUAGACAACAGUCAGGGCUACUAGACAACAGUCAGGGCUACUAGACAACAGUCAGGGCUACUAGACAACAGUCAGGGUUACUACACAACAGUCAGGGUUACUACACAACAGUCAGGGUUA